AUCUCAGUAUUUGACCUCAGCAUGACGUAUUCGUAAACACUUCGAUUUGAUCUGAGUGAAGUUGAGCACGGUAUUGAUUAUAUUUUUUAUGUAAAAAAUACUCGUACUUAAGAUGUGUUCAAAAAUUGUGGUGUUCUUUAUAUUUUUUAAUGUUUUGAGCGUAUUUGGAGCAAAUCGUAAGCAAGUGUCAUGGGGAGUUGUUGGUAAUCCACUACUUAACGCUCAUCCUUGUAAUGGUUCUGAUGAAAUUACACUGUCAUUUGAACCCAAUCUACCGCCUGAAGAGGAAAAUCAAUACAGUCUGGGUAUAAACAUAGAUUUUCCAGUGUCUACCAAAAUAGAGAUUCAGUUUGAUGCAGAAGCUACAGUUACACUAUUCGACAAAACGUAUGCAAGAAUCAGGUCUAAUGGCGAUGACAACCAAUUCCUAAUUCAUUUUUAUAAGCCCCACCAAGGAGUAUCCUUUAAAGUUCAAGGUGUUUCACAAGGCGUAAUACCGUACAUUAAAAGUUUAAUUAUAAAUAAAUAUGAAUAUUGCGACCAUCCACUUAUUGGUUUCCUUGAUAGUCAAAUACAAGGGUAUGAAGACCAAGCCGUGAGCCAUAAAAGCAAAAUAGAUUCCUCUUGUGGAAGACGCAAGGUAACUCAUACAGAAUUGAUAGUUAAUGGUGAAUCAACGAAACCGGGAGACUGGCCGUGGCACGUUGCACUAUAUAAAUUAAACCGGGACACUCUUAGAUACAUUUGUGGUGGAACCUUGCUGUCCAAAAGCUUUGUAUUAACCGCCGCUCAUUGCACCACCGUACGUGGAGUCCCGAUAUUACCAGAAGUUCUAAACGUGGUUCUAGGCAAACACAACCUAAUAGGAGGUGAUGUGGCUGCUCAGGAAAGGAGUGUACACGAAAUUAUAGUACAUGAAGAAUUUGAUGUUAAAAACUUAGAGCACGAUAUAUCAUUAUUAAAACUGAGCACUAUCGCUGUGUUUGAUGACUAUAUACAACCAGCCUGCUUAUGGGAAAGCAGCGUUGUAGAAAGACUUCCAACUGGUAAAAUUCUUGGAACGGUCGUCGGGUGGGGUUUUGACCAAACGGACUCACUUGCAUCUCAACUUCAACAAGCGAUAUUGCCAAUUUUACCAGACGCUACGUGCAUUCGAAAAAAUCCAUUGUUUUAUGGAAAAAUUUUAACGGAGACAAAAUUUUGCGCUGGCGUAUCCAACGGCACAUCACCUUGCAAUGGUGACAGCGGCGGGGGUUUCGUAGUUUUCGUACCAGACACCCCAAGGGACGAGUCGCAGAGUGCAGGAGCGUGGUACGUGCGAGGAAUAGUCUCAACGACAGUUGCAAGAACUGACGCGCCCAUAUGUGAUCCUACCCAAAAUGUGGUAUUCACUGAUAUUGCGAAACAUAAAUCAUGGAUCAAGAAUUAUAUCAAGAAUGAUCUUAAAAGUGAUUAAA